GUGAGAGCAAAAAAACAGCCCCCCAAUUUUCCCAAAAAUAAAAAUCAAAUAACAAAAAUAAUAAAUAAAAUAAUUCAAAAGUUUGUGCAUGUGUCUGCUCAACAACAUAUGGAUGCGUGUAUGUGUGUGUGCGUAUAUGUCUGUGACAUAAACAAGGAUAUAAAAGAAAAAACAACAUUUUCUCUAAUUUAAGAAAAAAUCUAUGAAAACAAAAACCACCAAAUAAGAGAAAAGAGAAAAAAAGCUGAAAAUAAUAAAUAUAAAGUGAAAAUGAAAUGAAAAUAAAGAAAAAUCAAAAUGAAAUACAAGUUAAAGGAUAAUCUUUUGUGUGAACAAAUAAUAACAACAACUACUCACAUACAAAUGAAUAAAACAAAGCAUAUAAAAUAAACGACAAAAUAAGUUAUUUGUAGCAAACAAAAAAAAAUAAUACAAGUAGUUUUGCUACAAAAAAAAACAAUACAAAGUUAAUGUACCAUUGAAAUCUAAAAUGAAUCGAUAAUCCUUUAAUUACAACCAAAAAAUACAAAUUUGUAUACGACAUUUUUUUAAAAAACCCAAAAACAAAAAUAUUACUCAAUAAAUUAAGAGCUGAGAACACUUAUUAAAGAGCUACGAAAUGUCCAAGUCGAACGCCGAUUUUAGUGCGUUCGACUUUAAUGACAGCUCGGAUAAUUCAGAUGUGGAAACACGAGGUCCAUUCCUCAGUCGUGUUGCACUCGGCAACAGUAGUAAAAGUUUAGCGGUCAAUAGUAAUAAUAUCAACAAUGCCAACAACAAUAACAACCUUAGCUCAGGACAUCAUAAUACGAAUCAACAACAACAGCAGCAACAACAACAACUCAAUAAUUCAAGUCAUUUAUCCAGUAGUGCUUCCAACAGUAGUGCAUCAAGUAGUGAAGAUGAAGGAGAAACCAAUGAUGAUAAUAUUGUUACCACAACAGCAGAACAACAGCAACGCCAACAUCAGCAACAGCAACAGCAACAACAACUUCUACUACAGCAACAAAGGCAAAGACAACAACAGUUACACGAAGCCAUUAAUGGUACCAGCAUUAAUGAACAUCAUCUCCACGACGACGAUAACAACAGCAACAGUAGCACAAGUAGCAGCAGUAGUAGUAGCAGUACUGCACCUAGAGGCUCUAGUGCAAGAGGAGGCAUUGGAGUUGGAGGUGUGGGCAAUAGUAGCUGCAUUAAUAAUACGCAACAACAUCAACAAAAUGCCAGUGGCAGUAAUGCUCAACAGUCUCAUAAUUCAGAUGUCUUGUUAAUGGCCGCCAUGGGUGCUAGCAGUGGUCCAACAGCAACAACAACGACUACAGCAGCAAAUGGCUUAACAGAUGAUAGUAUAGUUGCCACAUCAGUGGGUAGCAACAAUAAUAUGGAUGGCAUGGAUGCCAGAGAUGGUAGUGGAGGCAAUGUUGGUGAUGGUGAAGGUUUAGCCUCCGGUCUUACAGAAUCGAAUACCACAAACCAUAAUAAUACCAACAGCAGCAACAACAACAUCAACAAUAAUAGUAGUUGUAAUGUUAACAGUUUGCUCGACUCAGCUCUAGCAGGUGGCGGCGGCAUUAAUAGUCACAUUCAAAACAAUGGACAUUCGAAUGCAAGCAGUCACUGCAAUGAAUUGGUGCGCAGCAGUAGUAGUGCCAGCUUAAGCAAUGCCAGCCUUAACCAUCAUACGAGUAUGGGUGGUGGUGGAGGUGGCAGUGGUAGCAUUGUAGGCGGUGGAGGCUCCAAUGCUGGUGGUGGCGGAGGAGGUUACGGCGGCGGAGGUGGUGGAAGUCUUUGUGGCGUACCCUCCUCGGCCUCAAGCUAUGCACUUUCUGCUGCGGAACGUAAGAAAUAUCGUCAUCAGAAUUUCAGUAAAAACAUUUAUAUUGGUACGAAAAAUGCUGAGAAAUGGGAGUAUAUGCGAACACGAUUACAUUUUAAAAAUGAUGUCGAAUUUGUGGCAUAUCUACUGAAUUUAGCUGAUAAUGAUGGCGACCGUUUGGCAAAUCUUCCUCCUCCAUCGGCUUCGACAACACCUACCAAGUCAUUCGAUAGUAAUUUCAAACUUGAACCAAAUUUAAGUGCUAAAGAAUUCGGCAGUAAUAGUCAGACAGGUGAAAAUGGUGGUGCCGUUAGUUGUGGCGGUGGUGGUGGUGAUUCCCAGCCACCACCGGUUAAACGAAAAUAUAAAAAACGUGUACAAUUCAAUGACAACUUAAAUGGCCUGGCUAAAUUAAAGAAUUUCUCAAAUUUUGCUUUAAAAGCUAAAAAACAUUUGGCAGGUGAUGGCGGUAGUACAGCUGCUGGUAGUGGCAAUGGUAGUGUGGUAGGUGAUAGCAAUGUUAGCGCCAGUGGUACGGGUGAUGUGUUGCCGGAAGUAUUGGACUGUCGUAUAGCAGAAAAAAUCAAAAGUGAAAUGGAAGAGAAGUCAGCAUCUAAGGAAUCAUUAGCCUUGUGCUUAAAGAAAAACGAUGGCUUUGGCGAUGAUGAGGAUGAUGAUGAAGACGAUGCCGGCACUUCGGUUACAGGAGAUGGUGUGGAUGGUUUAAAUGGCCCUAAUAGUGGUUUUCGUAUGCGCCACAAAAACAAACGAGGACCCAAGACUAUGAAUCCCCCCGGCUCCUAUAUCGAUGAUGAUGAAGACAUUGGAGAUGUUAGUGAGGAUGAUGAAGAAGACGAGGAAUUAGAUGAGGAAGCUUUAGCGCGAGAAAUGAAAAAUGAACAGAAUUUCGUGGAGGAAGAGGAUGAGCUGGAUAUUGCCUUUCGUUCGCAUCAAUCGUGUCGGGAAUGUUCUUUGGCCCAUGAUUAUAAAGUAUGUCCGCUACGCACUUCCAUAGGCACCAUAACAGAUGCUGUUGACUUGGCCGAAUGGGUGGAACGUAAAAAUCUAGAGGCUCUGGCAAAACUCAAAUGUGAUGCCCAAAGGCAAGCCAAACAAUUGCAUGGCGAUGAUGAUGAAGAUAUGGAUGAUUCCUCACAACUAUCUGACUUAGAACUGAAACCUUUAAUAACAUUUGCCGAGGCUUCAGUACCGGCUGAAUUUGAACUACACAAUGUAGAGCCGAAUGUCACCGGAGUCUUUGCUCGCACCGAAGUAAGAGCUUUCACGAAAUUGGGACCCCUCAUCGGCCAAUCUGUACAAGCGAACGAUAUUCGUGAGGCUAGUGAUAUGAAAUGGAUAUUUGAGAUUUGUGAAGCCGGUGCUGAAAAAUCACAAUUUCUCUUGUGUGAUAAUCCGAAUUCAUCGAAUUGGUUACGUUAUAUUAGACCGGCUCCUACCUAUGACGAACGUAAUGUUAAUUUAGUAUUUAUAGAAUCGCGGGCGUUUUUCGUGACAUGCAGGGAUUUGAAAAAUGGUAUGGAAUUGCUGUAUUGGAGUGAUGACUGCAAUACGAUGUGGCGUAAGAAACAUUGGUCGGAAAAGACAAAUUGCGGCGGUUGCAAUUUGAAAUUUGAUCAUCCCCUUUACUAUCGCACCCAUUGCUCGGUAUUCCAUGACCCAACAAUGAGUUUAACAAUACGUAAAUAUCAUUGUAAAGUAUGCGGUGAAGCGGUAUUGGGUAAGGACAAUAUUAUGAAACAUGCUGCGGAAAAACAUGAUGGCAAAGGUGCACAUCAGUGUCAAUUUUGCAACAAGUUCUUUUUACGUCUCAGUUAUUUGGAAAUGCAUCGCACAUACGGUUGUGCCGCAAAUCCGAAUCGUACACGGCCUAUAUGUGAUUUUUGUGGUCGAAAAUACUAUCGACCACAAAAACUGAAAGCUCACAUUAAGCGUAUGCACAGUGGCUCACGUGCAGCAUUGCAGCGUCAUGCCAAGGAGGUACACAGUCGCAAUUCGACAGUGGUUAGUUGUCCCCGAUGUCAGAAGCUCUUCCAGAAUCGCAGUAAUUUGAAGAUACACAUGCUAACACAUUCCGGUGUGAGGCCAUUUAAAUGUUCGGAAUCGGAAUGUAAUGCUGCCUUCACCACCAAACAGUGUCUGCAAUUCCAUUAUAAGAAGGUUCACAAUUACUCCCAGGAACAAAUGCCGAAAAUUGAACGUAGUGUCGCUUAUACAUUUGAUGCUUAUUCGGGUGGUAUGAAAGUUGAUUUUCUGGAACAAGCUCCUCGUAGAAGACGCAAGAGUUUGGAGGAUCAAAAUUCUGUUAUGAGUUCCAGCAUUCAAAGUGAUGCUGAAUUUUCCGAUGACAACAUUUUCGAAGCCAUUAAAAAGUCCGGCAAAUCGAUCAAGGAUCUGUGUCGCAAUGAACCCAAUCUAUCACUGCUAUCCUCGAAAAUUUCUAGUAUAUUUGGCGAGAAACCACCACCACGUAAGAGAGGUCGCAAACCCAAAGAUUAUCAUCUAA